ACUGGUGAUCAUAAACCUGCUGUGUGCUUUUGCCUGCUUCCUGUGAGCUGCACACAAGCACUCAGAUGUCCUCCGUCUGUCUGUACUGGAAAAGAGAAACGUCCUCGUGAGGAUUUUCCUCCCGUCUUUGGCUCAGUCUGGUCUCACAGCAUCGUGUUUGUUUGUGUGGGGUCCUGCUGCUGUAACAUUGUGCUGUUUGCAGGUCUGUACGGUCUUCCAAAGAGGAACGGCAAACUCAAAGACAUCAGCCACUUCGAUGCAGCCUUCUUUGGAGUCCACCCCAAACAGGCCAACAGCAUGGACCCGCAGCUGCGCCUCAUGCUGGAGAUCGCCUACGAGGCUAUUGUAGAUGCAGGACUGAAUCCAGCCACGCUGCGCGGCAGCAAAACAGGCGUGUACAUCGGUGUGAGCGGCUCCGAGGCGGGCGAAGCCUUCAGCAGAGAUCCAGAGGAGCUCCUGGGCUACAGCAUGACGGGCUGCCAGCGCGGCAUGUUGGCCAAUAGGCUGUCCUACUUCUUCGACUUCAGCGGUCCCAGCACUGCCAUAGACACGGCGUGCUCCUCUAGCCUGCUGGCUCUAGAAAACGCCUUCCACGCCAUCCGGCAGGGCCACUGUGACGCUGCUUUAGUUGGGGGAGUGAACCUGCUUCUCAAGCCGAACACUUCAGUGCAGUUCAUGAAGCUGGGCAUGCUCAGUCCAGAGGGCACCUGCAAGUCAUUUGAUGCUUCAGGAAAUGGAUACUGCCGCUCGGAGGCAGCGGUGGCAGUGCUGCUGACUAAACGACCAGCGGCUAGGAGAGUGUACGCCACAGUGAUCAACGCGGGCAACAACACAGACGGAUACAAAGAGCAAGGGGUGACGUUUCCGUCUGGCGAGAUGCAGCAGAGGCUGGUUCGCUCACUCUACCAGGAGGCCGGCGUGUCUCCGGAGCAGGUGGAGUACAUCGAAGCCCACGGCACCGGGACAAAGGUCGGCGACCCGCAGGAAGUGAAUGGCAUCGUCAGCGUUUUCUGCGAGUCAAAGCGAGAGCCUCUGCUGAUUGGCUCCACCAAGUCCAACAUGGGCCAUCCAGAGCCGGCCUCUGGGCUGGCCGCCCUGGCAAAGGUGCUGCUCUCUCUGGAGCGAGGAGUCUGGGCCCCCAACCUGCACUUCCUGCAUCCUAACCCUGACAUCCCCGCCCUCGCCGACGGCCGGGUUCGCGUCGUCGAUCGGCCCGUCCCCGUCCGAGGAGGCGUCGUAGGGAUCAACUCCUUUGGAUUCGGAGGUUCCAACGUUCACGUCAUCCUUCGUCCGGCUGAGAAAUCGGCUGCCUCGGCUUCACCCGGGAAGCUUCCCAGAACGCUUCAGGCCUGCGGGCGCACAGAGACGGCGGUGAGCUCCGUCCUGCAGAAGGGGAAGGAACACGCUGCGGACGACGCCUUCCUGUCUCUGCUGAACGAUGUGUCAGGAGCGCCCGCCGCCAGCAUGCCCUACAGAGGCUUCGCUCUGAUUGGCUCUCAGAGCGACGUUGUGGAAGUGCAGCAGGUGCCGGGCGCCGCCAGGCCUCUGUGGUACGUUUGUUCAGGUAUGGGGACGCAGUGGGCCGGGAUGGGCCGCAGUCUCAUGCAGCUGCCAGACUUCAGAGACUCCAUUCUGCGGUCCGAUGCGGCGCUGAAGGAGACGGGGCUGGUGGUGUCUCGCCUGCUCAUGGAGGCUCAGGAGGACACGUUCGAAGACACCGUUCACGCCUUCGUUGGCCUGGCUGCAGUACAGAUCGCGCAGAUCGAUCUGCUCACCGAGCUGGGUCUGCAGCCCGACGGCAUCGUGGGGCACUCGGUGGGAGAGCUGGCCUGUGGCUAUGCUGACCGCUCCCUGAGUCACAGCGAGGCCCUGCUGGCGGCGUACUGGAGAGGCCGCUGCAUCAAGGAGGCCCGCCUUCCUCCAGGAGGCAUGGCUGCAGUGGGGCUGACCUGGGAGGAGUGCAUCGCUCAGUGUCCUGAGGGCGUGGUUCCAGCCUGCCACAACGCUGAGGACACCGUCACCAUCUCCGGCCCUCAGGAAGCAGUCAGUGCCUUUGUGUCCGAGCUCAAACAACAAGGAGUGUUUGCAAAGGAGGUGCGCAGUGCCGGGGUGGCGUUUCACUCCUACUACAUGGCCUCCAUCGCUCCAGCCCUGCUCGCAGCUCUGAAGAAGGUGAUCAAAUUGGUGCAGUGGGACCACGCCCAGACGUGGGAUAUCCCUAAAGCGGAACACUUCCUGUCGGGCUCGGGAGGCGCUGGUUCUGCGGCGGCGUAUAACAUUGACGUCAGCCCGGAGUCUGCAGACCACUAUCUCAUUGGACACAGCAUCGAUGGGCGUGUCCUCUACCCGGCGACCGGUUACCUGGUGCUGGCCUGGCGCACCUUGGUGAGGAGUCUAGGGGUUGUCAUGGAAACGACGCCCGUAACCUUUGAGGAUGUGACCAUCCACAGGGCCACCAUCCUGUCAAACGCCAGUGCGGUCCAGUUGGAGGUGCGUCUCAUGCCCGCCACCAGCAGGUUCGAGGUUUCGGAGAACGGGAGCCUGACUGUCAGCGGUAAGGUGAGCAUCCUGGAGGAUUCGGCGCUCGAUUCAUUCAACGGUGAGAUCAGCCGGGAAGCUGCCGACAGGAGCGACGCCUCGAUGAAGCUCAACGCACACGAGAUCUACAAGGAGCUCAGACUGCGAGGUUACGACUACGGGAAAACCUUCCAGGGCAUCUUGGAGUCAAACACAGCAGGAGACCGUGGGAAGCUGGAGUGGACAGGAAACUGGGUGACGUUUCUGGACACCAUGUUGCAGAUGAUCGUCUUGGGGCUGCCGGGUGGAGGUUUGCGUUUGCCGACCAGAAUCCGCUCCGUGUGCGUCCAUCCGGCUGCACACCUGGAAAAAGUCGGCGAGCACGCUGAAGGAAAGCAAGCGGUUGAUGUCCACGUAAGCCGUUACCUUGACAACAUCACUGCUGGUGGAGUUCAGAUCUGUGGCCUGCACGCCACAGUAGCCCCUCGCCGGCAGCAGCUGCAGAGCCCGCCCACUCUGGAGGAGUUCCUGUUUGUUCCUGAUGUGGAGACGGACUGCCUUACAGCCAAUGGGAAGCUGGCAGAGCAGCUGAGGCUUUGCAAAGCUUUGAUCCACACACUGCAGCAGAAGCUGGCCCCUCAUGGUGUCAAGCUCUCCAUCCCGGGGUUACAGGGGGGCUCUGAUGCACCUCCUCCCAGCGGCGAGCCUUCUGAGCCCGGCCUGCUGCGGCUGCUAACCCUGCUCUGUGGCCUCGAGUUCAAUGGGAACCUCCACUCUGAGCUGGAGCAGGUGGUGCAGAAGGAGCGGCUGUGCCUGCUUAAAGACGAGCUGCUCCAUGGUCUGCUGCUCGACGACGCCCUGAGGCAUUGCCUCGACAUCACGGUGGAAAACAGCACACCUGGCAGGAUCAAAGUGUUGGAGGCUCUCUCAGACGACGGCCAGCUCUUCUCUCGCGUCGUGCCCCUGCUCAACAUCCAGCCCACGCUCCGUGUGGACUACACUGCGACUGCAGCCAGUCUGGAGCUUCUGGCCCCCCACCAGGCUCCCCUGGAGGAGCUCGGCGUCGCUGCGGCUCAGUGGGAUCCUCUGACCGGCCCAGCAGCCGGAGACGUUGCUGUGGGGGCGGACCUGGUGCUGUGUAACCACGCGUGGGGUCCAGUGAGGACGGAGCCCCGGCUGCUGGUAGCAAAUCUGGCAUCUGCAGCCAAAGAAAGCGGGUUUGUUCUCCUCCACACGCUGCUGAAGGGGGAGGCGGUGGGGGAGGCGGUGGCCUUCCUGUCCCGCUCUGCUCAGAGCAGCAGCCAGCAGCGACUCCUCACACAGGCUGAGUGGCAGGAAGUGCUCUCAGAGGCUUCUCUUAACCUGGUGGCGCUCAGGAAGUCCUUCUACGGCUCCGCCCUCUUUCUGUGUCGCCGUCAGUCUGUGAGCAAACAGCCGGUUUUCCUGCCUGUGGACAGCAAAGACUAUCAGUGGGUGGAAACGCUCAAGCAGGAAGUGAUGUCAGAGUCCUCCGACCAUCCAGUGUGGCUGACUGCUUCUCAGGCAGAGUGUGGGAUUGUGGGAAUGGUCAACUGUUUACGGCAAGAGCCUGGUGGCCACCGGAUACGCUGUGUGUUUGUGUCCAAUCUAAACGAGUCUUCAGCAGCACCAGACCUCCAGCAGGACCAGUGGUCCAUCCAGUCAGUGCUGCAGAAGGAUCUGGUCAUGAAUGUGUUCAGGGACGGACGCUGGGGCACCUUCAGACACCAGCUCAUCACUCAUGAUGUAAAUGAAGCGCCGACCGACGCCGCUUACGUCAACGUGCUGACACGAGGUGACCUGUCGUCUCUGCGCUGGAUCGCGUCCCCGCUUCGCCACUUUGUGAGCAGCAGCCCUGCUGUGCAGCUGUGCCACGUCUACUACAGCUCGCUCAACUUCAGAGACAUCAUGCUGGCUACUGGCAAGCUGCCGCCGGACGCCAUCCCAGGGGACCAGGCUUUGAAGCAGUGCAUGCUGGGUAUGGAGUUUUCUGGUCGCGACCCCAGCGGGCGUCGUGUGAUGGGGCUGUUGCCUGCCAAAGGCCUGGCGACGGUCGUGGACGCCGACAGAAGGUUCCUCUGGGAGGUUCCCCACAGCUGGACACUGGAGCAAGCAGCUUCGGUGCCAGUGGUUUAUGCCACGGCGUAUUACUCCCUGGUAGUGCGUGGCAGAUUACGCCCUGGAGAGACCGUGCUCAUCCACUCGGGGUCAGGAGGCGUGGGCCAGGCUGCCAUCACCAUAGCGCUCAGUAAGAAGUGCAGAGUGUUCACUACAGUCGGCUCAAUGGAGAAGAGGGCGUACCUGCAGAAGAGAUUCCCUCAGCUGUCAGCAGAGGCUUUCGCCAACUCCAGAGAUGCUUCCUUUGAGCGGCACAUCCUGCUCCACACACAAGGCAAAGGCGUGGAUGUGGUGCUGAAUUCUCUGGCCGAGGAGAAGCUGCAGGCCAGUGUUCGCUGCCUCGCUCGACACGGACGAUUCCUGGAGAUCGGCAAAUAUGACCUUUCCAACAACACUCCUCUGGGCAUGGCGUUAUUCCUGAAGAAUGUGGCUUUCCAUGGUAUCCUGCUGGAUGCUCUCUUUGAAGAGGGCAACCAAGAGUGGGAGGAGGUGUCCCAGUGUCUGCAGCAGGGCAUUGUGGGAGGAGUAGUUCAGCCUCUGAGAACCACAGUGUUCGCUAAGGACCAAGUGGAGCAAGCGUUCAGAUACAUGGCUCAGGGCAAGCACAUCGGCAAGGUGCUGGUUCAGGUCCGUUGUGAGGAGCAGGGAGCAGCUGUGCAGCCUGCUUCCCCUCUGUCUCUGCCAGCUAUCUGUCGCACCUUCUGCCACUCGUCCCACUCCUACAUUAUAACUGGGGGGCUCGGGGGGUUUGGCUUGGAGCUUGCUCAGUGGCUGAUGGAGAGGGGAGCCCGCAAACUGGUGCUGACUUCUAGAUCAGGCGUGAGAAACGGGUACCAGGCGAAGCGGGUGCAGGAGUGGCAGAAUCAGGGUGUGGAGGUGUUUGUGUCCACCAGUGAUGUCGGCACACUGAGAGGAACAGAGCAGCUGAUUGCUGAGGCCUGUGCCAUGGGUCCAGUGGGCGGUGUCUUUCAGCUAGCCAUGGUGUUGAAAGACGGUAUGUUGGAGAAUUUAACUCCUCAGCUUUAUCUCGACGUUAACAAACCUAAGAAUGACGGCACCAUCAACCUGGACAGAGUAACAAGGAAGCUGUGUCCAGAGCUCAGACACUUUGUGGCCUUCUCUUCAGUCAGCUGUGGCCGUGGCAACGCUGGCCAAAGUAAUUAUGGCUACGCCAACUCUGCGAUGGAGCGCGUGUGUGAGAAGCGCCGCUAUGAUGGCCUGCCUGGACUUGCAGUCCAGUGGGGUGCCAUUGGUGAUGUUGGGGUGGUUCUAGAGACCAUGGGUGGGAAUGACGUUGUGAUCGGCGGCACCCUCCCGCAACGCAUGGCCUCCUGUCUGGAAGUGCUGGACUUCUUCCUGUGCCAGCAGCACCCAGUGGUGUCCAGCUUUGUGCUGGCGGAGAGGACGGUUGUAAAGAGUGAAGCAGGAAACCGCAAAGACUUGGUGGAUGCUGUAGCUCACAUUCUAGGUGUGCGGGAUGUCAGCAGUCUCAAUGCUGACACCUCAUUGGCUGAUUUGGGUCUGGACUCUUUGAUGGGCGUUGAGGUUCGCCAGACUCUGGAGCGCGACUAUGACAUCGUCAUGGCGAUGAGGGAUAUCCGCCAGCUCACCAUUAACAAGUUGCGAGAGCUGGCCAAUAGCAAGCCAGAAGGACAAAGCGCUAAGAAGGACGGCGUUCGCUCUGUGCUGGAGUCUGAUCUGACCAAGCUGAUGGUCAGCCCCAGCAGCCCUACUGUGAUGUCACUCAACAAGGUGAAGAGCCAGGACGGGCCGCUGUUCCUGGUACAUCCCAUCGAGGGCUCCAUCGCCGCCUUUAAGACGCUUGCUUCUAAGCUCAGCGUGCCUUGCUACGGCUUGCAGUGCACCAAAGCUGCUCCUCUCCACAGCAUUCAGGCCCUGGCUGCCUACUACGUGAGCUGCGUCAGGCAGGUGCAGCCGGACGGCCCGUACAGAGUCGCUGGAUAUUCUUUCGGUGCCUGUGUAGCGUUUGAAAUGUGCUCGCAGCUGCAGACCCAGAACCAGCCUGUGGACUUCCUGUUUCUCUUUGACGGCUCACAUUCAUAUGUGGCGGCAUACACACAGAGCUACAGAGCCAAGCUAACCCCCGGCAACGAGUCUGAGGCUGAGACUGAAGCCUUGUGUGCCUUCAUCCAGCAGUUCACUGGCGUUGAAUACAACAAGCUUUUGGAGACUCUGCUCCCGCUGUCAGACCUGACUGCACGCGUCAGUGUGGCGGUGGACCUAAUCGCCGCCGCUCACAAGGACAUCGACCGAGACUCACUGACCUUUGCAGCCUCCGCCUUCUACUACAAGCUGAAGGCUGCUGAUGCUUAUGUGCCUUCUGCAAAAUACCACGGCAACGUGAAGCUGCUGCGCGCCGAAACCAGCAGCGAAUAUGAGCAGAACCUGGGAGCUGACUACAAGCUCAGCGAGGUCUGUGAUGGCGAGGUGUCGGUCCAUGUCAUCGAGGGAGAUCACCGCACUUUCCUAGAAGGCGCGGGGGUGGAGUCUAUCAAGAACAUCAUUCAUAACUCGCUGGCUGAGCGAGCUGUCAAACCAAGGGAGGGUUAAACAUCCACCGUCUCUUCCCCCUCACCCUCAGCUUUCCCCAAACUAGACUGUAAAUGUGUCGUUAUAGGAAGUCUUUGCACUGCUGAUGUUUACAUGCUGUUAGCCUAAUAUCCCAAAUGUUAACGGUUAGUGAACCAGUCGACAUCCCAUCAUCUCACAGCUCCAUCGAUUCCAAGUUUUGUUUUUUGUUGCCAUGUUGUUGUUUGCAGAAGUUCAUCCCACAACAAAAUAACGUUAAAAAUUUAAUGUAACAAAGUAACGAACACUGACACGUUGAAUCCUGAGUUAACAUCACUUACAUUGGUGUUUCUGCUCACGCAGACACCAGUAGACAGGCAGACGCGCUGCGAGCAGCCUGAUGAGCAACUGUGGAGGGCUGACCCUGCAGCCGUGUUUCUGCACACUAACUGCUCGUAACACAAGUUUCUUUAUUCUGUGACAUUUGUUUACUUUUCAGUCAUGUGACCACACAGUCAUCAGUUACUGUGGCAACCAGCAAAUGUUUACGUUGUCAAUACGUUAACAAAUUAAGUGUUUCAUAAACUGUAUUUUAACAAUGACACUUGUUACUGUGAUUUACAGACCAGUUAUUUCACUAAUUCAGAAGAAGCUUCUCUUCAUGAUGGACUGUCGAGCACACGCUGCUCUGAUACAGUCUGUGACGGAGGCGUCGCUAUGACCAGAUGUGUCUCUUCAGAGGUUAAUCAGAGAUGUGAAUGAUCGCUGUAACAGUGAGAUCAUAUUUACUGAUGUAACCUCUGAGAAACUGUUUCCUUUUAAAGGCUUUGGUCCAGAGAUCUACAACCUCAGCAAAUAAUCCAAACCUGAGUACAACAGCAGGCCUGAGGCCUGUGAUUGGGUCGGUGAAGGCAGCUGCUGAUUGGAGAUGAAUGUGCUGAGGAGUCACGACGGACGUGACGAUAAAGGCCUCUGUUUUAUUGUAAUAUUUCUGUUCUGUAUCGUAGGACUAAUAAAGGCCUCAAACGUCGCUCAGUGUCCCGUUGGA